CCUAGAAUUCCUGUCGCCGCACAUGCGUUCUGACCUCUGUGAGAGGGCUUAUUGCAAGCACUUGUCAACAUGGGGUCGUCCCGUCUAGCAGCAGUCUUCCCUCCGCUGUUCCUGAUGAUCUCUAUGUUAUCGGCCGUUCCCGAGCCGGAGAGCAGCGACGGGAAGCUCCUGCUGGUCCUUCUAGACGGUUUCCGCUGGGACAUGGACCGGCUGGAGGACUUGCCGCACCUGGCCGCCUUCUCAGCACAGGGGGUGAACGUGCCGUACGUUACACCUGCCUACGUCACGCUAACAGUGCCCAAUAUCUUCACCAUUUUGACAGGCUGUCACCCGGAAACUCACGGAGUUCUGCAUAACGUAUUCUUCGACCAUUCCACCGGGCAAUUCCUCCUUCCAGAAGAGGUGGAUAAUUCUACCCAGAUUCUGGAUCCCGGCGUCGAACCGCUUGUCGUCACGGCCAGCCGACAGGGGAAGCGCACAGGAACCUACAUGCUCACUCCCAUCCCGGGCAUCCUGCCGGACAUCUACUACUACCAACCUCUGUCUACUCUGAACGAAACGUACGGCGGGUUCUUGGAAGGAGUGGACACCGUGCUGGGUUGGUUUACGGACGAUGACGUCGACUUCACGACCUUUUACAUCGCCAAGCUGGACGCCGUGUCACAUAUCUACGGGCCCGAAUCCCCUGCCGCCCGAAGUGUGUUGAAGGAAAUAGACGGUGUCAUCGGCUACUUACUCGAACAGGUAAAACAACUAGGACUGACGGACCUGAACAUAAUCCUCGUGGCCGAUCACGGUAUGCAGCAAGUCUACGCCGUCCCCGCCCCGAUCGAGAUCCUGCGCUACGUGAACGCCUCGUCUCUGCAGAUGCUGAUCGCGGACUACGGCCCGCUGGCCCUGAUCCAGCCCGCCCCGGGCCGCAGGGAGGAGGUGUACGCCGCGCUGGCCGGCAGCCACACCAACAUGACGGUUUACUACAAGGAGGACUUCCCGACCAGAUUCCACUACGCCAACCAUCCCCGCAUGACGGACAUCCUGGCCACGGCGGACCCUGGGUACGUCAUCUACUCGCGGUAUUCAGGAGCCUUACAAUACCAAGGAGAGCACGGGUACGACAACCGCGACCCGGCCAUGCGGGCACUGUUCCGGGCGUGGGGGCCGAACUUCCGGCGGGGCUACGCGCGACCCGACCCGUUCGACUCCGUCCACAUCUACCCUCUCAUGUGCGCGGUCCUCGGGGUGGAACCUGCGCCGAAUAACGGCUCUCUGACAGAAGUAGCAGAUAUGCUAGCUUCAGUGGAUUGCCAGGGGACUAGAGAAUAUGACUAACACGUUUCGUAGCUACUGACAGAUGUCCUGAUGCUUAAUGUGUGCAAUAUACAUAAGAACAUUGUGAAGUCUUAUAGACUUGUUUGUCUAUCAUAUAGAUCUUGAAUAAUCAACAACUUUGUUUACUUGUUUCUUAAAUUCCACCACAGAGGUGGAUGGGUUGUAAGAACAGGUAUAAUCACCUUUACCGACUCUCACCUUAUAGUGGACAAUAAAUCUAGCUAUUUAUUA